AUGAGGGCCGAUACGAAGUUCGGCUAUGCCGGACACCUCUACAAGGAUAUUGCGGAUGAAAACGUGCUAACUCUCGAUCUUACGUCUCUUAGCGAAUUCCCCUCCCUCUCCAGCGGUCCGCAGCAGAAUGUCACUCCAACCCCUGGGCAAGCUAUCUGGGGCAGUGCCGGCCAGCGCACGAUUCAGCAGAGUCUUGGACAGAGGCAGCCACAGGCUCCCGUACCUCCGCAAGCUCCCUCGAGAGAGUCACAGAUCCAGGCUCAGCAAUCGCAACCUCAGUCGCAUGCGUCCCAUGACGAUCAGUUCCCCUCGACAACGCAGUUCGUCACGCAGCUUGAUGAUUUCCGGAAUGGCGUUCAGGCCAUGGGACAAAUCUCGAGUGGAAACCAACCGCAAGCCGGCAACGUUGACGACUUUCCACCCCUGAGCAAACAGUCUGAUCAGAGCGGGGCGGUUGGGAAUUAUGCCGGUUCUAUGGGAUUCCCUGGGUUCUCUACUCAAACGCGUUCCUCACUCGGAAAUCAACAAGACACGGGUAGAAUAGCUUCACCUGGAGGUGCCGGUGCAUCUGGUUCCAAAGGCACGUCAGUACCGCGGUUACCAAUUGGGCAGAACCAGAAUGGUAUAAUUGGGCAAGAUCACGAGGACAACACUCAAUCAUCCAUGAUGAGCCAACGCGGCAUUGACCAGAUGCAGCAGCAGAGCGCAAGCCAGAUGCAGCCCUCGCGCCAGCAACAGUCACAGGCGGAUAACGAGAAUCAUGACCCUUCACGGGCUAGCCAAACCACUGAGCAAACCCCCCUCUCUCAGAUGAGUGAGCAGGAUCGAUUCGGACCGUUGCAUCAAACCUUUGCAUCUCCAUUCAUCUCAUCCAAUGUGUCAGUUCCACUGCGGCCAGAUUUCACGCUCCCCGGCUGCUACAACGUGGCCAAUGUCCAGCCCCUGCAAAGCCGUAUACCCAGCUUCAGCGAUGAGACUUUGUUCUACAUAUUCUACAGCAUGCCACGUGACAUUAUGCAAGAGUUAGUCGCAGAGGAAUUAAUGGGAAGAAAAUGGCGGUACCACAAGGUUGAACGUGCAUGGCUGACUCGCGACGAUGCGUACCCAAGUCCUGUCGAGGUGGAGAGAGGUAUCAGCGAGCGCGGCGUCUACCUGUGGUGGGAUACCAACACAUGGAAGAAAGUCCGACGCGAGUUCAUUCUACGAUAUGCUGAUCUAGACAACCGCCUCGACCCCGGCAGAAACUUUGUACGAGGAAUGCCAUUCCCUCAAACCACAUGA